AUGAACUUACUACAACGCAUGUCCAUUUCAAUCGCUUCGUAUUCACACAACAGAAAACCUCCUGUUCCACUUAUCAAACAACUUGGAAUCACUCGCCUCAUUGUAUUCUCUUCUCUCUUUCUCAUCACCACACUUAUUCUCAUUUUCGAACUCUACUAUCAACGUGGUCAAUGUGCUGUAGCUGACAAAUACUCGAAGAAAAACAUGAAACUAACUCAUCAAGUCAUGAACAUGUUCGACGAUCUGUCAAUCACCUAUUGGCCUGAUUGUCAAUCCUUACUGAAUGUUCUCAGAAAUGAGACAUACAAUAUAUGGGAUCAAGACGUGGAUCUAUCAAUCGAAUGGCCACUCCUAUCAAAUCAUGCUCAUUCGGAGCUCAACGACAUGAAAGUGUUCAUUGAAAGAUUCGAAGAGCAUGAUUUCAAUGUGGAAUACUAUCCAGAGAGAAGACUGGUGUCAUUGUCAUCGCCGAAUGAGAAGUCAGCACGUCAACCACAUGUUGAUAUCUGGCUGUGGGAACGUCAAUACAAAGGUGAAAGUGUCGUCGUUUUGCAACUAUCGGAUUACAGUUUCAAAUAUCAGUCGAGAUUAUUCUAUGAUAUUUAUCCGCUGAAGUGUGUAACAUGGUUAGGAAGAAGAGUGAAAAUCCCCGCUGAAUCGCACAAGAUUUCAUAUAAAGAAUUUGGCGGAUCGUAUAUGGUAGCCACUAUUUAUCGUCAAAACUGUCUUCAUAAUUUAUUCGAUCUGAGAUGGUUUUAA